AUGUCUGUGGUGUAUAACUUCACCAACUUGCUGUCGACGGCGUACAAGGGAGGCGCGGUGGAGUUUGGGCAUGACGGGAACAGCGUAUUAUCACCAGUUGGGAACCGCGUGUCUGUGAAGGAUUUGGUGUCUCAUUCAAAUAUGACGAUGGCGUUGGAGAUGAUAGAGGAUAUCGACUUUAUUGUACCUCAUGGAGAGUUUCUAUUUGUGGUGGAUCGAGGUGGUCGUUUAUCAUUUGUGAAUGCCAAGACUGCACUCAAUUUGGUGUCUGUAUAUAUCGGCGGCCGGGCCACGGCUUGCAGCUUGACGGAGGACGGUUCCGUCAUUGCAGUCGGUUCCCUCUCAGGCGGCAUUACCGUAUGGCAGACGCCUUGUCUGAAGACGCUGUGGCAGUUCUCUCGGAUCAACGAAGUCAAACCACAUGCCGGACGCUGUAAGACGAUUCGUUUUUCGCCUGACGGUCAGUUCCUCCUCACGGCUAGUCUGGACCGGACAGUGAAGAUCAGUUCCGUCUACCCGGACCGCCAGUACAUCGCCACGGCCUUCGUCGACCUCAGUGACGAGGCCAUUGCGGCCGACUGGUCAUCCGACAUGAGACACGUCGUGGUCGCCUGUAGACAGGGCCACGUAAUCGUCUACGACUGGAACCCAGGCGAACCACCAACGGACCAAAGGAACAAAAUGCGGACUAUGCAACUCGCCCCCAAGACUGGGGUCCCAAGCAGUAGUCGGGACGGCGUCAAGUCUGAAGGCGUCAACGUCAAGUCUCAAGGCGUCAAGUCUCAAGGCGGCAAGUUGGAAGAGAAGAUGGCGGUUGAGGGCAAGGAGGAAGACGAUUUUUUCGUGGACUUGGGUCCGAGUCAGCGUCAAAAGCGUACCUUGGAACAGUCUAGUGCUGCGGAACCGGUAGAGGGUGCAUUGCUAAUGACGUCUGGAUGGUGGUCUGCGCGACGGCGUGUACGGAUUGAGCCGGUGAAGGGGCGACCAAGUCGGUUUACAUGUGGUGACUUUUGUCGCUCGAAGCAGUUGUUGGUAAUGGGUAAUGAAUGUGGUCAAUUGGUAACGGUACAGGUGGCGUUCGGGGAGUCAGAGGAUGCGGCGAUGGAAGUAGCGAGGUGUGUGGUUGAUGAGCGUUCAUUUGUGAGCUGUGUGCGCUUUAAUUCGGAUGGUGAGUGGAUUGCAACAGGGUUACCAACUACUAGCAUAUUAUGUGUUUGGGAGUGGCGUAGCGAGACGUUGGUGUUGAAGGAGGCUGCGGAUGCUAGCGGAGUGACGUCUGUUGCUUUACAGGCGGCGAAUGUCGGUACUGCUCAUUCUGCGCCGUUAUUGUUGGGCGCAAGUCAGACAUUGAUGGCGGCAGGUGGUCAUGAUGGACGUGUGACGAUCUGGGACACAGUGUCAGGGUUCGAGUUGAAGACGUUUUGGGAACAUACCGCUCCAGUGACGGGUUUGCAAUUUACUAAUCAGCAACACACACUCGUGUCUUGCGGUGCGGAUGGCAUAAUUAAGUGUUAUGAACUGUUGCGAAUGAAGUGCUUCAAAACAAUUUCGGCUCCCGCAGGCGAAAGUGGCUUGCCGAUACCGCUGGGACAUUUGUCGGUAGACCUCAGUGGUGAGCUAAUUGCGGCUACCUCGAGUGCAUCUGACUGUCAAGUGUUCCUCUUCUCUCUCCAGACCGGGAAGUUGGUCGAUCAAUUCCAGGCUCACGCCGAGCCCGCGAGUGCCAUCCAAUUCUCGCAAGACGUCAAAAGACCCGGUCUGGUCGCAACCUGCUCACUAGAAGGCACCGUCUGCGUCUGGGAUUGCUUUGGUCGAGAGGGAAAGGGUGGCGCGGCGACCACUCUGGCGAGCACUGGCGCGGCGGCGGUGGCUCUAAGUUGGCACCCGCUGAAUGCCCACCUACUGGCCGUCUCAUACACUGGCGGUUUGGUCGUAAUUUGGGAUGUGGAGGCCGAGGAGCAGCUUAAGACCAUUGAGGGCUUGCGAGAUAUCGAGGUAGGCCGAGAAUAUGGCCAGGUCGUUUCUAGCGCAAAUGACCGCAAGUGGAUCGAAGACAAGGGCAACGCGUUAAGCAAGGACGCUGAUCCAAACCUGUGUUUCACGCGCAUCGCAUUUUCAGGCAACGGAGAGUUCAUUACUGCCAUCGCCAGGCGAUCCCACAAGGUCUGUGUCUACGACGUAGAACGUGCAACACUCGCGACCGCCUGGAAAGUAACACACAACCGCUCACUCGAAGGUCUCCUUCGCAAACUGAAUCCGAAGAAUAUGGUCGAAGAAGGUGUACACGAAGCGGAACUUGAACUUUCCGGCGACGAAGACGACGAGUUCCUGCGCAUGGACAAGCAGAAAGGCGGCGACCUUCCGGGCACCGUCUUCGGACCCCUUGCGCGUCUGGCCAAUAGACGACGGCUAUAUGUCAACGACCUCGCCGUCAGCACUGACUCCAAAACCCUUCUUGUGGGCACGUCACAAGGUACCUUCUGUUACGAGCUGAAUGUCUGUCUACAGCAGAGUUAUCAUGCACGUAAACGUCACGCAGUGUACUCCGCUCUUACCACCUUCGCGCCCACACACAUGGACCUCAAAACCAAUCAAAAAUCCUACAUCAAAGCCUUUCAAAAAGGCAACCUUCCUAAAGCACUACUCGCCGCCCUUGCCAUCAACUCACCCCUGAUGAUCUCCGAGGCCUACCGCCGCAUCAGCCCUGAUGAAAUAAAGGAACUAGCACCCAAGCUGGAUAUACAAGCGCACGUGCCUGCCCUUCUCAACUUCAUCAGAGCCUGUCUAGACGGCCGAACCACUGCCUCGCAACAGGCUACUUUGCAACAGGUUACUGACGGGCAAGUCUCCGGGUCGGCGCUUUCGAUGACCGAGUGCCACCUCACAUGGCUCAUCAUGAUCAUAAACAGCCAGCGACAUAACCUAGAGCGGAACGUCGACAACGGACGACUGGCGGCGGUGCUCCGGCCGCUCCUCCUGUCCGUGCUGAAGGAACUGCAGCAAAGGAAAAACUUGAUGGCCCAGCUCUUCAGCGAGAACGUGUAUUUUGCCGAAUUCCUCAUCGGCGUCGGAAGCGACAACUAG